AUGCCUGCCGCUUGUUCAUCAGAUGGCCAUCUGAUGAACGUUUUGGAGCGUCCACAAGCGUGUGGAUGUACUACGAGUGAGUGCGAUGGCCUCACUUGUGGUACGGUCGUUAGUACGACUGCACAAAACCUUAGUGUACCAAACGGUUACACUUCGGAGCCAAGUUCCGGCGGCUGUGAGGAAACACAGGCUGCGCCGAAGGUCCACCACUCGAAUAAGUCGGGUGGACUGGGACAAAGAUGUAUCCCUAGAGGGGAACAUCUAGAAGAGAAACAAUCGAUCGCUCAGGUUAAGCGAAACGAUAAUCCUAGAUCGACUGGAGAGUCUUUCGUAGAGGAUCUCGCUGUGGUUGCGCAACCCCAGCUAGAGGAAGUAAAGGGAAUAAGUCCCAAGAUUACAAAUACGGCGGAAAUAAGUUCCCCGAAACCCGCGGGAAUAAGUCCCCGGGAAGACGAAGGAAUAAGUCCUUCGAAGCCUGAGGGAAUAAGUCCCCAGGAAAUGACAGAGACAUUGAAUGUCAUAGUCAAUAACGGAUCAUGUGUAGGCGCUUAUACACUUGAUCUGAUUGCGCCUCCGAAGUUAAUUUCGGAGAUCACUCAGUUGCCAACGCUCGAACAUAAUAGGUUCUUGCGUGAUCUGCGUAGUGGCAAAGUCAAGCAGAUCUGCAUACUCGUCGCUGACGACGAGUAUGUAACCGACAUAAGGUCAGCAACAGUGUUUACUGAGAACGAGAGAGUUCUCAGUAGUUCAUCUAUGGACGAGAGUGUCCUAGAUGGAAAGACACGAAUUGAGCGAUAUGAGUCCCAAUCAUGGGAAUCGCUCAAGGAAAAUCCUCUCUAUGAAGAUUUGGUUGAAUUCAAGGAUGUAUUCCCUGAAACUGUUCCGUGCGAAUUACCGAAGGAUAAAGGUAUUCGACACGAAGUCGAGCUUAAACCAGGCUCGAAGUACUGUGUCAUGAAGCAGUGGCCACUGCCUCGUGAACAAGUACUUGCGAUCGACAAGUUCUUUGCCGAUCGUUUAGCAGCGGGCCAUGUGAGGGAAUCAACUUCCCCACAUAGCUCUCCGACCUUCUGUGUGCGAAAAGCAACAGGAGGGUGGCGGAUAGUGCACGCGUUUAACAAAUUGAACGCUGCAACGGUACCGGCUCAGACGCCGAUACCGAGGAAGGACGUAAUCAUUGAUGGUAUGUCAAAGAGUACCAUCUUUUCGUCCAUGGAUUUGAUGGAUGGCUUCUAUCAAAUCCUAAUGCGGGAACGGGAUAUACCCUAUACCGCAGUUAGCACGCCUAGCGGCAUGCUCUAG